CGGGUCGAGUCUGGAACUCCCCAAACCUGACUCGCCGAGUCGCAGCUCUCUCGAUAGUCGCGCUCGGGCCCCUUCCGUCGCCGUCGCCGUCGCCGUCUCCGUCUCCCCCACGCAACUCGGCGCUUUUGAGCGGCAUCUCCCGCUAUUUCCAAUUCCAGCGGGAUCGGCGCUUGGCUUAAAAACGCCGCUACAGCUCCCUCCCAAUUCGUCGGCGCCGCUAUCAUUGGAAGCGCUUUUCCCCGCAGCCACUCCUCCCUCCUCUCCCUUCCCCUUUCUCCUCUCUUAAACCCUCACCUCCUCCACUUCCCCUGCUCCUCUCUUCAUCUCCAUUUCAGAAACCCUAGGUACUACCGCUUAAUCUGAAGCCACAAUGGAGAAUCACGCUCUCUCAGACGAGAGGAUCCAGGUGAUUGUUCCGGCGCAUCCACUGAUCAAGCAUUGGAUCUCGGUACUCCGCAACGAGCAGACCCCCUCUUCUAUUUUCAAGAAUGCGAUGGCGGAACUUGGGAGAUUACUUGUAUACGAAGCUUCCAGAGAUUGGUUGCCUACAAUCACUGGAGAGGUUCAGACCCCGGUGGGUGUUGCAACUGCUGAAUUUAUUGAUCCAAGUGAUCCCGUCAUGAUCAUACCUAUUCUGAGAGCUGGUCUUGCACUAGCCGAGCAUGCUUCAACAAUUUUACCGGCAACAAGAACCUACCACCUUGGUAUGCGUAGGGAUGAGACAACUCUACAGCCUUCUGCAUAUCUAAACAAACUACCUGAUAAGUUUCCGGAAGGAUCUCGUGUGAUUGUCAUGGAUCCUAUGCUUGCAACUGGUGGGACAAUAGUUGCUGCAAUUGACUUGCUGAAGGACCGCGGAGUUGAGAGCAAGCAAGUAAAAGUUAUAUCAGCUGUUGCUGCUCCUCCAGCACUUGAGAAGCUCAGCAAGAAAUUCCCAGGGCUUCAUGUGUAUGCUGGAAUGGUAGAUCCAGUUUUGAAUGAGAAAGGGUUCAUAGUCCCAGGGUUGGGAGAUGCUGGGGAUCGCAGCUUUGGUACCUGAAUUUGGUGUUUUCUCACUUGGCCUUAGUUUUGUUACCCAACAAUCUUAAAGUGAAAGAUGAAAUUCAGGACAUUGCCUAAGAUGAUCAUUAUUUCAUUUCCCAAUUGUAGCAUUAACUAAUUUGUUUUUUUGUUUUUUCCUUCUAUUUAUAGUUAAAUACUUCUUGUGGUCGAACGUACAAGUACAGCAAGCAGGUCGCCAGCUUGAUAUGGAAAACUAAAACAUCACAAUUUAGAUAAGAUGAUACCUCUGCUGAGUCAAACUGAGAAAGCGUUGGGUUUUGGAAUUGUCGUUCCUCAUCACACGUUUAUUACAAGUCAUUGAAUGUCAUUAUUGGUUUUUUUUUGAGAGAUAAUGUCAUUAUUGGUUUGAAUGUAGACAUUCUAUUGCCAGCGUCGGAUUCUGGAAUUGAUUUACCACAAACCAUUGAAUGGCAUUAUCGGUUUGAAUGGAGACAAAAAUUAAAAAUUAUA